CCUCAGCUUUGCGGGGCUAGAACGAUGGUAUUGAGCGCGCGCAUACCUCGAAUUGCUUCCGCAACGCGACAGCUCAGAUCUUUCUCUUCACACAAAGCGAAAAUGUCACAACUGAAGAUUGGAUUCGUACCCGAACACUUUUCUACCCCUCUUGCGUUCGCGAGGAAACAUUAUGACCUCCAAGCUAAACUGCUACCUUUCCCAUCCGGAACGGGACAUAUGGUCACCGCUUUGCAAUCUGGCGAAAUCGACAUCGGCGUGGGGUUAACCGAGGGCUGGGUUGCUGCAAUGGGCAAAGCGCAAGAAGCGCAGAAAGAUGCUGGUUUCAAGGUUGUUGGGACAUAUGUCGAGACACCGUUGUGUUGGGCAAUAAGCACUGGAGCCCGGAGAGAGGAGCUCAAUAGCGUCAAAGACCUGAAAGGAAAAAGGGUAGGCGUGUCAAGGAUAGGCAGUGGGUCAUACGUGAUGAGUUUUGUUUUGGCUGACCAGGAGGGCUGGUUGGAGACACGCUCUGGGCCCCCUUUCCCAGUGGAACCGAUGAACACUUUCCUAAAAUUACGGGAGGGCGUCAACAAUGGCACCGCCGAUUUCUUCAUGUGGGAACAUUUCACCAGCAAGAAGUACUACGACAAUGGCGAGAUCAAACGGAUAGGCGAGAUUUACACGCCUUGGUCGUCGUGGAAGGUCGUUGCCAGUAAUGCUCUUAUAAACCCAGCCAAUUGGUCACAAUCGGAAAAUGCAUCACAACCGGCGGUGAAGGAUGAUUUGAAGGAUGUGUUGGAUAAAAUCAACAAGGGGGUGAAGCACUUCGAAGAAAACCAAGAAGAAGCUGUGGAGUACAUUUACACACAUCUUGACUAUUCUGAAGAAGACGUUAGAGAGUGGCUGAAGACGGUACGUUUCGCACAUGACGUUCGCGGCGUAGACAAAAGCGUAGUUGGAAAAACGGUCCAAAUACUUCAGAAGGCGGGCGUUCUCGAAGACAAGAUCGACGAGCAAGCCAUGAUUGGCUUAGCAAGAAGCGAGGCUGUCAAAUGGGUUUGA